AUGUGCUCCGGUCAACCAAACGCGGUAACACCGACGCACUCAACUAUUCAGGCUACUUUGCAGCUUGGCCCAUCAUCUAAACUCUCGGCUCCGAAUCAAGGCGAUAGAGCUUCGGUUACCGCGACAACUCUCAGCACCGUCACGACCCGCCGUCCCUUACCCUCACCGACAACUGCGACUUUGACUGCACCUCCCCCACUCCCUACCUCGAGUGAGGAUCCCCCACCCGGCGGACUAGCCGCUGAUUCCGGGCGCGUCGAACAGGGAAAGACUGGGAAUGGACGCCUGUCUGUUGCCCAAAUUGCUGGCCUGAGUGCCGGCUUGGCCGCCGCUUUUGGAAUAGCGAUCCUCCUCAUUUGUCUUGCCCGCCGCCGGCGUAAGAAGGAUUACCCUGGCGUCGAAACCGGCUUCUUUAUGAAGAGCGAUCGCCUCAAGGCAAUCUCACGCCGCUUUACUGUUUAUCCUCGGGGUCACGAUAUCUCAGCCCCGAUCCAUGGAUCUCCGCCCACUAGAUUCCCCAUGGGCCAGUACGCUCCCACGAUGACUCAAUCUAACAGCUCCUCCUCACCUCCCAUGGUUGAGAAAAUAUCUUCCCCGGAACUUAUUGCACGGGGGUCUUAG